AUGAGGGGCCGGGGGUGGGGUGUGUGGGGGGGGGGGGGGGGUAGGGGGGGACGCUGGGGGUGGGGCGGGGGAGGGGACCGAGGAGGAGGGGUUGAUGGGGCGGGGUGGGCGGGCGACGGGGGAGGGGUGUGGCGUGUGAGGGGUGGGGGGGGUGGGGUUCGAGUAGUAGACGGGGGUGGGGGGGGGGGGGUUGUGGGAUGGCGGGGGUGUAGGUUGGGGGGGCCGAGGGGCAGGAGGGAAGUAGUUGCUGAGGUGGGGUGGUGGGGUUGGGGGGGGGGCGGCGCUCGGAGGGGGCGGGGUGGGGGGGAGGGGGACGUCCGUGGGUGGAGGGGGGGCUUUUGGGUGGUGGGGGGCGGGGGGGGUCCAUGGAGGGGGGGGUGA